UUUACGAAUAAACUUAGAAGGGAGGGGCGACAGGGUGACGUCCCAGACUGGGGAAGUGGAACACUGGGGUUACUGAAGGCUGAACUGGGGCCUCAAACAUUCCAGGAGAGAGCUCUUGGGAGUGGCCCAGGGGAGGAGUUUGACAGUGAUUAGGAAUUACAUCCCUGCCACGGUUUUGGAAGCGCUGGGAGAGGGCUGGGAGGUGAGGGUUAAGAGAAGAUAGCAAAGAAUGCAUGCAGAAGGUGCCAACAUCUAGGUCUGGAGUGGAUUUGGUUCAGUCGGGAGAGCUAGCAGAUUAGAACACUGGACACUUUAAGAAGCUUGGGAGAUGUAGGGCAGUUAGUGUGUGCACUUAACAGGACGAGAGGAUAGGAUGGGGAUGUUCUUUUCCACGUUUCUUAGAAGACAGUCUCCAUACACUGUCAGUGCCUGCGGUUACUGUUCUGUCAUGAAAGGAGGUGCAGUCCUUUAUCCUGAGUCGUGUGUGUGUACACAUAUUGAUGAGGUGACUGUUGUGGGGUGAUGUGUGAGUGAAGUAGGUACUUGGUGUAUCUUGUGGAGUGUGUAAGGAAAGAGUUUGCAUGGUAGAUCAUCCUAAAGGGAUCUUGUUCAGGUAAGGAGUUUUAGGAAUCCAUUUGGGAAUAUAACAGAUUAGAAACUGUCAUAAUGUUUAAAUAUUCUGCAGGUUAACACAGAACUCAGCCUCUGGGGCCAUGCCGGUUCUAAGGCCUGCUUCUUCUCCCGAGCCCCAGCAGAAGACAGAAGGGCUGGUCCUCAGAGUGGAUGACUUCCCCUCCCUGAUCAAGAGGUGGGGCAGUGCUUGGGAUCUGCCCAUCACCAGACUCUGGGCUUAAUAAGCCAGCUGGAUGAAGGCAUAUAACAGACCCCUGGGAGGGACACGGAAGCCGGCAGUGGGGGGGGAGGGGCCUGGACAUACCCCUUCCCCCCCAGACUCCUCCCUCUCAAAGUACGCUGAGCCAUGGACUUUGGACUGGCAUAAGGAGAGAAGCUGCACUUUGUCUCUGGUUUGGGAUUCUCAGUUUUGGAAAUGGAGUGCUGGAUGGGGGUUUGAUGCUCUCCAGGGGAGCAGCUGAGAGAAGAGAAGAAAGGUGCAUGGCUGCUUCCUGAUCCCAAAGCCCAGAGGACACCCUUAGAAGUGCGGGGAGUGAGCCCGGCCAGCAGGGCAGCUUGGAGCCCCCCUGGCACCUCCCCCGCGGGGGCCAGGAUGCUGAAGAAGCAGUCCGCAGGGCUUGUGCUGUGGGGCGCCGUCCUCUUUGUGGCCUGGAACGCCCUGCUGCUGCUGUUCUUCUGGACCCGCCCUGCGCCCAGCAAGCUGCCGUCGGACAGCACGCUGGAUGAUGACCCCGCUGGGCUCACUCGCGAGGUGAUCCGCCUGGCCCAGGACACCGAGGUGGAGCUAGAGCGGCAGCGGGGGCUGCUGCAGCAGAUCUGGGACUACCACGUGCGGCGCAGCCAGCGGUGGAGGGCACCCACUGCAGUCCCCCCAGUGCCGCCUCACGGGCAUGCGACCUCGCCGCCAGCCGUGAUCCCUAUCCUGGUCAUCGCCUGUGACCGCAGCACGGUCCGGCGCUGCCUGGACAAGCUGUUACACUAUCGGCCGUCGGCCGAGCGCUUCCCCAUCAUUGUCAGCCAGGACUGCGGGCACGAGGAGACGGCUCAGGUGAUCGCCUCCUAUGGCAGCGCCCUCACGCACAUCCGACAGCCGGACUUGAGCACCAUCCCGGUGCCGCCCGACCACCGCAAGUUCCAGGGCUACUACAAGAUCGCGCGCCACUACCGCUGGGCGCUGGGCCAGGUCUUCCAUAGGUUCAAGUUCCCCGCGGUGGUGGUGGUGGAGGAUGACCUGGAGGUGGCCCCGGACUUCUUUGAGUACUUCCAGGCCACCUACCCGCUGCUGAGGGCCGACCCCUCCCUCUGGUGCGUGUCCGCUUGGAAUGACAACGGCAAAGAGCAGAUGGUGGACGCGAGCAAGCCGGAGCUGCUCUACCGCACCGACUUCUUCCCGGGCCUGGGCUGGCUGCUGCUGGCCGAGCUGUGGGCGGAGCUAGAGCCCAAGUGGCCCAAGGCUUUCUGGGAUGACUGGAUGCGGCGCCCAGAGCAGCGGCAGGGCCGGGCCUGCGUGCGGCCCGAGAUCUCCAGAACCAUGACCUUCGGCCGCAAGGGUGUGAGCCACGGGCAGUUCUUUGACCAGCACCUCAAGUUCAUCAAGCUGAACCAGCACUUCGUGCCCUUCACCCAACUGGACCUGUCCUACCUGCGGCAGGAGACCUAUGACAGGGACUUCCUGGCCCGCGUCUACGGCGCCCCCCUCCUGCAGGUGGAGAAAGUGAGGACCAGCGAGCAGAAUGAGCUGGGGGAGGUGCGGGUGCAGUACACCGGCAGGGACAGCUUCAAAGCCUUUGCCAAGGCCCUGGGAGUCAUGGACGACCUCAAGUCGGGGGUCCCGAGGGCAGGCUACAGGGGCAUCGUCAGCUUUCUGUUCCGGGGCCGCCGUGUCCACCUGGCGCCCCCGCAGACCUGGGGCGGCUACGAUCCCAGCUGGAAUUAGCUGCUUGCCUGGGCCCCGGCGUUGCCGCCUCCCGUGCUGAGAGGACUGAGGAUCCCACCAGGGGUCUACAUCGUCCUCUCUGUUUCUCUCUUGGGUCCAUUUAUCUUUUUAUUAUUAUUUUUUUAAAUUUCUCAAGUGGCAUUCAAGUGCACAGAUGACAAGGUGAAGAUUAUUCUAUUCUCAAGAUGGUCAAAUCAGGGAAACUUCCGAAGUAUGUUGGGGGGUAUUAAGCAGGAAGUCACUGUCAUAGGGCGAGAUGGGCUUGCUCCGCUCUCGUGGCCACAGCUUCCGUGUGCCGGGUGUUUGUCCUCCCCAGGCGUCUGCAGAGGUUGGCAGCCUCAGUGCUGUUGACCAGGCCUCUCUUCCCGGUGCUGGCUCUUACAGCCAGGGUAUGAGCCCCCUCUCACACCUGACCCCUCCCCUGCAUUAGAGGGGGAGCUGGGUUUUGUGAAAAGGGAACAUACUUGUGGCCAAAAUCAGACUAACCAAAGGGGUUUUACCAUCAGGGUCCGGGUGCAGCUGCUGGGUUGUCAGGGUCUCUGCCUCCCGCCUGUGUUCCCCUCUUCCUCUCUCCAGGUCCCUGACCUCCGCACACUCUUCCAUCCCCACAGCCCAACAGUUCAGGGUUCUCCGAUGAGAAGUUGAAAGGGAAAAGAAAGGCCGUGCCUCAGCUUGCCCCUGACAGUGGGCCUUGGUGCGUGGGGCAUCUUCCCUGUCCAGCCUAGAAGAGACUUGCUGCCCUGAUCCUGGACCCUGUCUUUUCUGAAAGCUGAUCCCUUUCCUGCCACUCUAGGCAGGUUCCGGGUGGGCUUGGAGGAAGAGAGCUUGGCCCCUUGUCCCUUUUCCCUGGGGUCUGCUGCACAGGCUCCUGCCUGAGACCUCUCAGGGGAGGCAGGGCAGCCCGGACAGGGUGGUCCAAUGUCCCUUCCCAUCCCCUAGACACCUGGGUCCAGUCGCUGUGGGAUGCAGAGGAGGGUUGGAGAGCACUGUCUGUGUUUUUGUGUCUUGCCUGACCUCAGUUCAUGGAAGAAAGUUGAAGCUGCAGAACUAUUUUCAAAAAUAAAAGGCCGAAUUGCCUGA